AUGUGUCCAAUAGUUAUUUAUCUUAUUUUAUUUCUGAACUUAUUUCAAUCAUGCCAGUUAAAUAAUAACAUUGCUUAUAAUAUUCCUGAUCCAGAUUGUACGGGAGCUUUUUAUUUAUGUGUUGAUGCUGAUAAAGAUCGGCUUGGUCGUGAAGCAAUAAAAGCUAUACAUGAACAAAUGGACGAUGAUAAAGAUGGUAUGAUUGAAGCAUCUGAAAGUAGUGAUUUUAUAAAAGAAGAACUAGAAUCAAACACAGACUCUAUUCGACACCGUCAAUUUCAAGAUGCCAAUUUACGAAUAACAUUUAAUGAUCUAUGGACACAAUGGGAAAAGAGCGCAGUUUAUAAUUGGAGUAAUGAUGAUGUUGUUCAUUGGCUUGUUAAUUAUGUUCAUUUACCAAUUUAUGUUGACAAUUUUCGUCGUAAUCAAAUCGAUGGUCGAAUGAUUCCAAGAUUAGCAGCUAAUCAAAAACAUUAUCUUUCAGCUAUUAUGCAAAUACGUGAUCCAAGACAUAAACGACGUUUAGUUAUUAAAGCAACAGACGUUAUUUUAUUUGGUCCUCCAAAACAGACACAUAAUCUAAUAAAAGAUAUUAUAUUAAUGUCAGCAUUAUCGAUAUCUUUUGGUGCUUGUUUAUAUGCAUUUUUACGUCAUCGUAAAACUCAAGAAACUAUGAAAUUAAUGUUAAAAGAACUUGAAACAUUACAAAACGCUGAAGGCAAUCUAAAAGCUGUAACUGUAAAAGUUAAAGCAAUGGAAAAUGAAUUAAAAGAUAAAACAAAAGUUGAUCGUGGUUUGUUAAAAUCUUGGUUUACUGAAGUGCAACGAACGAAAGAAGAAGCUGAAAAAUAUCGACAACGCCGUGGUUCAACUGCUGAUCGUGAAGGUCAACUUCAAUUAGCUUUAAAAGAACUUGAACAAUUACGUCAUGCACUACAUCAAGCAGAAGAACAAGCUCAAUAUCAAUCAUAUGAACCGCCAAGUGAAUUAAUUGAUUUACUUAAACGUACUUAUCAUGUUGAAGAAAUGGCUUUUGAAGCUAAACGUAAAUCAGCUGAAAGUUCUAUGCUUACAGCUAAAGAACAAAUGACCAAAAUUUCUAAAAUGCAAAGAGGUUUCUUUGGUGCUGUACGUAUAGCCCAUACGGGUUGUAUGGAUAAUAUAAGUGAAUUAAUAAAUGCUGCAAAACAACGUUUAACAAUUGUUCAAGAUGAAUAUGAGGAACGUGAAAGACGUUGGAAUCGUAUUGCUUCAUUACUUGAUCGAGAAGAUUUAGUUAGUUAUUCAUCAUCAUCGUCAUCAUCUAUAGGUGGCAAUCAAUAUUUAGGUGGAAGUCCGCAAACAUCAUUGAAUAAUGGAAUUACUAAUACUAUAUCACCAGAUUUAAAUUCUCGACAUAGACGAAUAUCAGCUGAUGUGAAUAGUUUGAUUAAUUCAAGUAAUGAUUCACCAUUAUUUAAUAAAACAAAUAGCAAUAUAAAUGCUCGUGGAUUAGUUGUAAAUUCAUAUUUUCCAAUGCAAAAUGCUCAACAAGAUACAAAAAGUGAAAAUGAUAUUUGUUUUGAAUAUUCCAAUUCUUCACCAUCAAUAUUAAAACGACGUGUAAAUGCCAACAAUGCUUUAUCAAGUAAUCGUUCAUCAAGUGAACGUCUUAAUAAUAAUUCAAAAAUAAUUUAUUCACAUUCAACAAAUGGUCUUAAUAAUUUAAAUAUAAAUUCAACAGAAGUAUCAGGACGAAAUAUAUCUGAAUCUCUUGAUAUACCAUUAUCAACAAGACAAACAACAUCAAUGACUGGUACUAUUCCAGAUUUUCAAUUAGAUAAUGACGAUUUUAGCUGUGAUGAUUCUCAACAACAAAAUGAUAGAAGAUCUCAAAUAUCAGAUUCAAUAUUAGAUGAUCAAGAAUCAACGACAUCAUCGGAAAGAGUACGAAGAUCGUCUUUAUCAACGAAGCUUUUAAGACCAUUUCAACGUAGACGAUUACAUUAA